AUAAUAAUAAUUAAAAAACAAUAAAAUAAUAUAACUCUCUCUCUCUCACUAUGUAAACAUUUAUACAUUUUCUUUCUCUCUCUUCCAUGGUGGAACGCGGUGGAGUCAGAGUCGCCGGAAGAAGACAUAAAAUCGAAGUACGAAGACCGAAAUUAGAAACUCUAUCUGGAACUCUAGGGUUUACGAAUUUCUGAAUUCGUUCAAGAAGAAGAAGAAAAAUGCCACUCUCGAAGUACCUUAUAAGAAACGAGUACGGUUUAUCGGAUCCCGAGCUCUACCGUGCCGCCGAUAAAGAUGAUCCCGAAGCUCUUCUCGAAGCUGUUGCUAUGGCUGGUCUCGUUGGACUCUUGCGCCAGCUCGGUGACCUUGCCGAGUUUGCUGCUGAGAUCUUCCAUGAUUUACAUGAAGAAGUAAUGGCUACCGCUGCAAGAGGCCAUGGUCUUACGGCUCGUGUUAAACAGCUUGAGGCUGAAGUUCCUUCACUUGAAAAGGCCUUUUUCUCUCAAACUCAUCAUUCAUCAUUCUUUACUAAUGGAGGGAUUGAUUGGCAUCCCAAUCUUCGGUCUGAACAAAAUCUCGUUACUCGUGGAAACUUACCUCGAUUGAUAAUGGAUUCAUAUGAAGAAUGCCGAGGUCCCCCAAGACUGUUCCUUCUUGAUAAGUUUGAUGUGGCUGGGGCUGGGGCAUGUCUGAAGCGUUAUACUGAUCCAUCAUUCUUUAAAAUGGAGUCAGCUUCAUCCGUAACAGCCACAGUACAAGUCCUCAGGGAAAAGAGAAAUCGUAAAGUCAAGCAGAAGAAAGGAGCACGGUUAAGGAAUGGAGAAGCUCCUAAUGCUGUACCAAAAAAUGCAAAAUUACAUCAGCUGCUUCUUGAGGAACGUAUUGAGAAUGGUUAUAGUAAUCCUGCGCGUCUAGUGAAGUUGAAGAAAAGACAAUUGAAUGGACCAUCUAUUGAAGCAAAGUCAGGGAAAAGUUACAUGGAGAAAUUUCUAGAUACUCCCUCACCUGAUCAUAAAAUGAUUUGUGAAACUUCAAUCUUUCCACUGCCUGUAAAACCAACAGCAGAUGAUACUAGCGAAGCAGGGAUUAAAAUUCUUGAAAUCAGUAGCACUAGUCCUGUGAAAAAAUCAAUUGGAGAUGAAAACACCUGUUCAUCCCCUAAUGAGCUGGAAUUAGAACUAAAACAAUUUCCAGAAGAGGUUGGUGAGACAAAUGGAGAUGUUGUGAUGGUGAAAGAACAAAUUUCAGUGGGUGUAACAGAUAAAAUGUCUUUUAAUGAUGUCAAGGUGUGUGAUGAAACAGAAUUGGCAAUCAAUGAACAAAGGAAAAUUGAAAGCAGCUUAAUUAGGUACCAUUCUGAUGAUGUGACAAGUGAGGUUGACAACUACUUGGAUGCUUUAACUACCAUGGAGUCAGAAUUGGAAACAGAUGAUGAAUAUAAACCUAAAAAAAACUUCUUGAAUAUUCAAGAAGUGACGGAUACCAAUAAUAAACAUAAUAUACAAGCUCGAUUUUCAGAUUCUCAAUCAUUUGGAGGCUCCUCAUCAUCUGAUGACAUUAGCUCAUUCAAACAAGAGAGAAAUGAGGAACAUAUUGGAGUCAAAGCUCGGUUAUCAGAUUCUCACUCAACUGGAACCUCCUCCUCAGAUAAUAAUAGCUCAUUCAGAAGAGAUGAAGAUGAGCAUUUAGAACAUCAAGCUCACUUUUCAGAUUCUCAAUCUACUGGGAACUCCUCUGCGACAUUUAGUUCUUCCAAGAAAGAUAAAUCUUAUUUCCCUCUCUCUGAUUCAUUGAGCACUGUGGUUGAAAAUAUACAAUCUGAACCUAUUUUAUCCACAACUACUAACUAUUGUGAUCCAGAGAUUGAAGGCACAUCAUCCAAUCAGCUUCCCAAAAUUGUUCAGUUUCAGAAUGCAGAUAGUAGGAAGUUUAAUGCACAUGUUCAUGAAGAAGAAAUUUCAGAGCCUGGGCAAGCCUCGCCUGAUCUGUUGACUUCAGGACAGGUGUCAUGUUCUGAUCUUGAACCUACCAAACCAGGGACUCUACCUGCAGGGACUCGGUCAGAUGAAACCGUUUCUGACAAUGUUGAGCUUAAUAUAAGAUUAGGCAAUGAUGCAGAUGGAACAGGUCUUCUUGAAUCUGUUGCUUUGAAACCUUCUUCUUCCUCCCUAAUAGAAGAUGAUGCUUACCCAGGGGAUUCUUCUGAUAAAAUUUCAUUGCGCAACUUAGUUGAUGAUGAUCCUCAUAUUCAUUCUCAAGAUUUGUUACAAGUUUCCAAUGAUUCACAAGAUGAUUCCCUUUGUUCAUCCAUCGAAGAAUUAGACUUGAAAUCAGGUCUUAAUGUGGUGCUUGAAUGUCAAGGCUCAAAAGAUGAGGAUUGUAUUGGUAUUGCCCGCCAACUUAAUCCAACUGUUGAGCUAUCUUCUGGUUUAACUCGCAAUAAUCCACAGGGUGAACCAAGCUCAACAGAAAUUGAAGUUUUGUUUUCUGAUCUUCAAUCAAAUUAUGGAAAUAAACUAAAAAUGGUGCAUGGUGAUGAAAUAACUGGAUCCAGCAGCAGUGUUGAUCCAGUUGAAGGUGAUGGUCAUUUUAAAAAUCCAUCUUCUCCUUAUGACCAUUGGAUGGUAAAUGGUGUGAUCACUGAAAUUGUUGAGUCAAAAGAUCAACCUGCAUAUUCCAUUCCUUCUGUUGAUAGUGCUGAAAAUGACGUGGGUAUCAUUGCUUGUCCAGCUUCAGGUUUGGUUUAUUCUCCAUCAAGGAGCCUUUCAAAUCCGCAAGAACUAGUCCCUGCUUCUUCAGAUUCUUAUCAGAUGGAAUCCAAUGAAGUGGAAUUGACUCAAAUUUCCAUGGACUCGAAUACAGAGACAAGUGAGAAUCAAUUGGCACCAUUGUUAGAUAAAACAUCAUCUGAUAUACAUUCUCCAACGGCUAAUCUUACAGAAUUUGAAGAUUCUCUUUCUUUAGCAAAUCCAAAUGAGAAAGAGUUGGAAGUCCAUCAGGAAGUUGCCAGAGAAUCUUUGACAGAGCUAGAGGGACAGAAUAUUGUGGGUCAUCGAGAUAUUGUUUCUGCUGAUGUACAAAUGAGCCUAAACAAAUUGGUUCCCUGUGAUAUUUCAGAUUUGGAAAAUGAUAUUGAAAAUUCAUCUCCUAGGGAGCAAAUCCAACAGAGGGCUUUUUUGGAUAAUACAAAAAUGGUUCCUGAGUUUUCUGGGUUCGACUCCCAGCAGUCACAAUCUACAAUAUAUGGCCAGAAUGAUCUUUUACUGAAUGACAGAGAUAGUUUUUCAUCACCACCUUAUAACCAGUUGGACUCUGAAACUUAUUUAGAGACACACUUACAAUCUGAUGUUGGUGAACAAGAUGGAGAGUUUCCCCUCAAAUAUAAGGAAAACUUUACCUCUGAGAAAUCUCAAUCUGAGCAGACACAGAUAUAUCAAUUGAAGCAAGAAGGCACUCAUUCUACUUCUGAAUCUGUUUCAGAAAUCGCUGAAGAUGAAUCGUCAUCUUAUUCUUCCCUGCAGUCAUCUGGCCUGGGGAUUAACCCUGCACAAUAUGUUGUGGAUUCGUCGAAGCCUCUUCUUCCUGACCUCUUUCCCAAGGCAACUGAAGACAAACUUGAUGAGGUGCCACCUAUGCCUCCUCUUCCUCCUAUGCAAUGGAGAAUGGGCAAGGUUCAACAUGCUUCCCUAGAUUCACAUAGAGAGGUGUUAGAAGUCCAUCAGGCUUCAGUCCAACCAAUGCUGCCAAUUAUGCCCAAUAAGAAGUCUCAAUUUGGUUUGCCAGCUUCCAAUGGAGAGACCUUAUUUUAUCAGAAUCCAUUUUCGCCUGUCAUGGCUUUUGAAAGUGAUAAGCUCCAACAUUCUUCUGGGUUUUCUGUGGGUGUUUCAGGGCAUCCUGUUGCCUUACCUUUUCAGUAUCCCAUCAUGGUUAAUGAAGCAGAUGGUCAGUAUAAUUACCUAGUGUUGGACCAAAACCAAAUUCAGAAUCCCUUCUUAACGCUACCUGUGGCAUCUACAAGCAUGCAUCAGCCUCGUGGUUACAUUGUUGCUUCUGAGGGAGAAAUGGUACAGACUUCAAAUCCUUAUGCACCAAUACUACCUGCUGCGUAUGCUGUAUCUGGUCAUGAUUCCAUGUCUUCACAAGUUGAACCAAUUCAACAUCCAAGUCAAGUAAUGACAGAGACUAGUGAAGAUGAUAAAACAAUUGAGCAGACUAUACAUAAUGUAGUGUCUAGGGAUGGGCCUCCCAACAGUCAUAUUAUUACUUCUGAGGGAGAAAUGGUACAUGAUUCCAAUCCAUGCCUUCCAAUACCACCUGCCGAAUGUGAUAAUUCCGGAUAUGAUUCCAUCUCUCCUAUAGAAAACGUGACUCAAUCUCCUAGUCAAUUAAUGACAGAAACUCGUUCAGAUGAUACAAUACUUCCGCAGCAUAUGGAUGAUGUUAUAUUUAUGGACAGGCCUCCACACAGUCACAUUAUAGAUUCUGAGGAAGAAAUGGUACAAAAUAAUAACCCAUGCUCUCCUAUACCAUCGGCUGAAUCUGCUGUUUCUGAACAUGAUUCCAUCUCUCCGGAAGAAAAACCAACUCAACCUCCAAGUCCAUUACGGAUAGAGACUAGUUCAGAAACAACUAAUCAUUAUGUAAGUAAUGUAGAAGAGGAACAAGGAAGAUUGUUUAUUUCACACAUGUUGCCACCAAACAUGGAAAGUGUGGAUCCCAAUCAGAGUUUCCUACCCUUUGAGGGGGAAAUGUCAUCCUUGGAUCCUUCUGCUCAAACAUCAGAUUUUGGGAGUGAAAGGAUAAAUGGAAAACCAAAGCAUAAGAUUCCUCGUCCUCGGAAUCCUCUAAUUGAUGCCGUUGCUGCUCAUGACAAAAGCAAGCUUAGGAGAGUUACUGAACGGAUCAUGCCUCAAAUAGCACCAAAGUUAGAUGAAAGAGAUUCAUGGUUAGAACAGAUAAGAACAAAGUCAUUCAGCUUGAAACCGGCUGUGGCUACACGACCUAGCAUUCAAGGUCCAAAAACAAAUUUGAAGCUUGCCGCCAUCUUGGAAAAAGCUAAUUCAAUUCGCCAGGCUUUGGCUGGAAGUGAUGAAGAUGAUGAGGAUAGUUGGAGUGAUUCUUGAUUUCACUCUGGAAAGUGUUCUCAGUUAGCAGAUAUUUUGAUGUUCUGGUUCUGUCUUUGAACCAGGUCUAAAAAGUCAUUCUCACCUGUAACGAAUAGGAAAUCUCCAUGAAGUCAUUCUAGUUCUUCUAUAACUUAGGAUAGAUCUUCCUCUUGGUUCUCUUCCACGCAUUUAUACAUGAACAUUGGUCCUAGCAUGCGAAUUAUAAUCAAUGCAGAUCCAUUUUCAGAGGUGAAUUCACUUCACUCAAAACAGAUAAGGCUCAGCGUACAAGCACUGUACCAAUCCAGAUUAAUCCAUCAACAAAUACCCCAUGCAUACCGUAUAAGCAAGUGUAUAUUUGUAUUUGUCAUGAAUAUCCAAUUUUGAAAUUCUGUAAUUUAGUGUUUCGUGAUAAUUACCCUAGUUAUUGUAGUUCAUCUGUGCCCAGUGUAGCUAAAUCAUUAUAUAAUGUACAGUUUCUAGCAUCUCCUUAGUUCAUUUAUACACUCUCUCUAUGAGUACUGACUGUUGUCAUAUAUCACAAACGCCUACUUCUGUUGUGCAUGCAUAAGUGAAUCAAAUAUGCAUAUAUUAUUACAUUAAUCCCAAUGAUAUUUUAUUUAUUUAUUUUA